CGCAUGUGUCGAUCUACCAUGUCAUUGGAAGGCGGCAUAUGAGUAUCGUUAAAUUUCAUUGGUCCCUCCCGUGCAAUGUCUUUCGGCCUGAGUUACAGUGAAGUUUCGGAUUGGGCGGAAACGUUGGUGUGAAACAGGCGACAUGUUGGAUCGUAAUGCGAAGAGCGACCCAUUUGAUUGCAUUGAAAUCAGUGAGCCGAAAUGGCAAAACAACUGUAGUGGUUUCCUCAUUCGCAACUGUUGGCAUAUGCUAAUGUGUGCAGCCAAACGAGAGAUACUUGUCAGAGCGUGUUGAAAAUAGCUGUCACUAGAUGCAUUUAACGUGAGAUCAUCUACAAUUGGCGUUUGUUAUUGUAGAGAAAGGACCUUAGGUUCAGCAAAUGCCCUAAAGAUGGACGGGUGGAGCCCAAUUGUUGCAACCUUUUCCGAUGAUGAGCGGUCAAGCUCCGAAGGCGAGUAUACAAUCGGAAAUGGACAAUCUAAAGACACUGAGAAAGGACAGGAUGAAAAGGGGCUGGACGGGGGGUCUACAGCCGGAUUUGAGAUGACUGGUUUUGGGGACACAGCACUGAGGCUGAAUCGGACUGGACAGACAGCCGAGCAGGAACUCCGAUAUUUGCAGUUGCUCUGGGAACCAGGUCGAGCUGGCGCCGGGGCGGGAGUCGGAAGCAAACCGGGGAAAGUGUCAGGGAGCCGAGCCAGACGCCAUAUCAGAGUCCGGCGGAAUGUGGGGCCGACAGGGAAAGAUUUAUACGCUGUGAGGAGACUACGAGAAGCUGCAAAUGGAAAUGACAUAGACACAGUGCGUCGGCUUCUGGAGGAAGACAUUGACCCCUGUGCAGCGGAUGACAAGGGUAGAACAGCCUUACAUUUCUCUUCCUGCAAUGGAAAUGAGACCAUUGUCGCGCUGCUGUUGAGCUGGGGAGCUGACCCAAACCAGAGGGAUAGCCUUGGAAACACCCCACUACACCUGGCCGCCUGUACCAAUCAUGUGCCUGUUAUCACAACUCUGUUGAGAGGAGGUGCUCGCGUGGAUGCCCUGGACCGUGCUGGAAGGACCCCUCUGCAUUUAGCUCGCUCUAAACUCAACAUCUUACAGGAUGGAGACUCAAGAAGUUUGGAGACACUACGAGGGGAGGUGACCCAGAUCAUUCAGAUGCUGCGGGAGUACUUGAACGUGAUGGGGCAAAGUGAGGACAGUGAGAGACUGGAACACAUCUCCACACAGCUGCAGCAUACUCGCACUAAGCAACAGGUGGAUGAGGUGACAGACCUGUUGGCAAACUUCACAUCUCUCAGCCUACAGAACUUAGGUGAUAGGUAGAACAGGUCACCUGUGGAAGACAUUGGUACGAUGUGAUGUGAUGUGUGUGUGUGUGUGUGUGUGUGUGUGUGUGUGUGUGUGUGUGUGCGCGCGUGCGCGCGCAUAUGUGACUUUGACAUUGUUGACCACUUUAAAGUGAAACCGUUUUUACAGGAUGGAUUCACAUUCUGUCCAUUUCGUUUUGGCAUAGUACCAUCUUCCCUGUUAGCUCAACACCCUGAUUUGCUGUCUCAACAUCUGUGUUGCCUUUUUUCUGUUGCCUUUUAUGUAUUCAAGUUGUUUAUAGUAAAACAUUUUUAAAAUGUGUGUUUUGUACAUGGAUGUGUAUCAAGUGAACAAUGAAUAAAAUACUGAGAGAAAAGGGUUUUGUGUUGUCCUUUGACUGAAGCUAUGAUGUUGCAAUUCUCUUCUUCAGUGUCUUUUGCAUUGCUUCGCUUUGCAUUGCAUGCAUCCUGUUUAACAGGAUGUGUGUAAUGUCAUAUUUACCCGUUUUGUCUAACUGCCGAUAUUAAUUAUACACUCAAAAAGACCGUUCUCAUUGUGCUCGUAAAGCUCAGGAGCCCCGUGGUCCCUCCCCUCUUCUGGUUGUUGCAUUGUUGUUGACAGAAUUCAAAGAUGGCGACUGGCGCCGCUUGAUUUUCGGGGACCAGUGGAGG